AUGCCAAGAAAGAAGACGUACUUGAUUGCUUCAUUACUUGAUCAAUGCGACACGAAUGAUAUGAAGACAAUUAAUUAUAAUAUUGUCAAACCAAUGGAAAUAAUCAACAAGGAAUGCGAAACAUUACGGAAAUUGAACCGGGAUGUGCCAGGAUGCUCAGAUGAGGAGCGACAGCAAAAUGUAGUACCAAAGUCACAUGUAGUACCCUGGCGAAGAGCGCUACCGAUGCCAAUAAUUCGAAAUCAAUUACAAAAUUUCCCCGGAAAUGAAUCAUCUCAGUAUUUUUUGUACAGAGUGCCAGUACCAACGCAUUUACAUGCUUUAUCACCAUACAAUAUACCAUGCUUAUCACAAUUGAUGAUCACUCGCUAUCAACUUAUGCAAAUGCAGCAAGCUGCGAUACAGCAAUUGUCGUCACCAUCAUCAUCAUCCACACCAGUAUCAUCGCCAUUAUCAUUAUCUACUUCAUCGUCAGCUAUCAAUCAACAAAUUUUAUCCAAUCAAACAAGCAUAUAUCAGCAGCAAAAUCGUUUCCGGACAAUGGAUAAUCAAAAUCAAUCAACUAUUAAAAAAUAUCGAUGUAAUAUUUGCGAUAAAACAUUCAGCCGAAGUAAUACAUUGGUGACACAUAAGAGGAUUCAUACUGGUGAGAAACCGUUUCACUGUGAUCAUUGUGGUCGAGCAUUUCGACAGCCGGGCAAUUUAACCCGUCAUCGUCUUACCCAUACAACAGUGAAACCUUACAUUUGUUCCAUUUGCGAGAAGGCGUUCAAUCGGGCGUCAAAUCUUCAUACACAUAUGCGCACACAUUCCCAAGUAUUCCGUAGCAAAAUAACUGCCAUGCAGUCGUUCAGAUCGGUUUAA